GUCAACAAACCAAAUUACACAAUUCCUUUCGUUUCGCGGUACGAUAGUGAGCAGCUUCUGGUCAGUGUGCACAGUUAAAUAAUGUCUAAAUACAAAGAACUUACCAAACUUACGACGACGUACGCGCGCCGGAUGAACUACCUGUCGAAUCGGAUCUUUGGUGAAGUGGCACGUCCAACGAAUUCACAAUCCAUGAAGGUAGUCAAGAUGUUCAGCGAAGAACCGAUCCAUCAGCGGGACUACGUCGUGAAUUGGUAUCCUCGGCACGUUGAAACACACCUGCUAGCAAUGAAGCUUCGCGAGUACGGUCUAUUCCGGGACGAACAUCAGGAUUUCAAGGAAGAAAUGAAACGAUUACGGGCGCUGCGCGGAAAAGCACCGCCGAAAAAGGGCGAAGGAAAACGUGCGAAGAAAUAAGCGUUUGUGUUGCAUUUGCAGUCGUCAUCAGUGCUGUAUGGAUUGUACAUCAAAUAUAGGAUAAACCCAUCGGGAAUGUGUACAGUUUCAUCGGUUUA